CGCUCCCGCCGUGCCCCGGGGCCGGCCCCGGGGGAUGGAGCCGGCGUCCCGCAGGUAGAUGGCCCCCCCAGGGCAGGCCCUGCGGACACCCCUCCCUCCGGCUGGCGGAUGCAGUGCCUAGCGGCUGCUCUUAAGGACGAGACCAAUAUGAGUGGGGGAGGGGAGCAGGCCGACAUCCUGCCGGCCAACUACGUGGUCAAGGACCGCUGGAAGGUGCUGAAAAAGAUCGGGGGCGGGGGCUUUGGUGAGAUCUACGAGGCCAUGGACCUGCUGACCAGGGAGAACGUGGCUCUGAAAGUGGAGUCGGCCCAGCAGCCCAAGCAGGUCCUCAAGAUGGAGGUCGCUGUGCUCAAAAAGCUUCAAGGGAAGGACCACGUGUGCAGGUUCAUCGGCUGUGGCAGGAAUGAGAAGUUCAACUAUGUGGUGAUGCAGCUGCAGGGCCGGAACCUGGCCGACCUGCGCCGCAGCCAGCCUCGGGGCACCUUCACACUGAGCACCACCUUGCGGCUGGGCAAGCAGAUCCUGGAGUCCAUCGAGGCCAUCCACUCAGUGGGGUUCCUGCACCGAGACAUCAAGCCGUCGAACUUCGCCAUGGGCAGGCUGCCCUCCACCUACAGGAAGUGCUACAUGCUGGAUUUUGGGCUGGCCCGGCAGUACACCAACACCACGGGAGAUGUCCGGCCUCCUCGGAAUGUGGCCGGGUUUCGAGGGACUGUGCGCUACGCCUCCGUCAAUGCCCACAAGAACCGGGAGAUGGGCCGCCACGAUGACCUGUGGUCCCUCUUCUAUAUGCUGGUGGAGUUCGCAGUGGGCCAGCUGCCCUGGAGGAAAAUCAAGGACAAGGAGCAGGUGGGGAUGAUCAAGGAGAAGUAUGAGCACCGGAUGCUGCUGAAGCACAUGCCCUCAGAGUUCCACCUCUUCCUGGACCACAUCGCCAGCCUUGACUACUUCACCAAGCCCGACUACCAGUUGAUCAUGUCGGUGUUUGAGAACAGCAUGAAGGAGCGGGGCAUUGCUGAGAACGAGGCUUUUGACUGGGAGAAGGCGGGCACCGACACCCUCCUGUCCACGAGCACCUCCACCCCACCGCAGCAGAACACCCGGCAGACGGCGGCCAUGUUUGGAGUGGUCAACGUGACACCCGUGCCUGGGGACCUGCUGCGGGAGAACACAGAGGACGUGCUCCAGGGAGAGCACCUGAGCGACCAGGAGAACGCACCCCCCAUUCUGCCCGGGAGGCCCCCCGAAGGGCAGGGCCCUGGCCCCCACCUCGCGCCCCACCCUGGGGGUCCUGAGGCUGAAGUCUGGGAGGAAACAGAUGUCAACCGCAACAAACUCCGGAUCAACAUUGGCAAAACCCCCUGUGCGGAGGAGGAGCAGAGCCGAGGCACGGGGGUCCCCAGUUCCCCGGUGCGUGCACCCCCAGACUCCCCAACAACCCCAGUGCGUUCUCUGCGCUACCGGAGGGUCAACAGCCCCGAGUCAGAGAGGCUGUCCACAGCCGACGGACGAGCGGAGCUGCAUGAGAGGAGGUCUCGGAUGGAACUGCCGGGAUCCCCCUCGCGCCAGGCCUGCUCCUCGCAGCCAGCUCAGAUGCUGUCAGUGGACACGGGCCACGCCGACCGGCAGGCCAGCGGCCGCAUGGACGUGUCUGCCUCCGUGGAGCAGGAGGCCCUGAGCAAUGCCUUCCGCUCAGUGCCAUUGGCUGAGGAGGAGGACUUCGACAGCAAGGAGUGGGUCAUCAUUGACAAGGAGACAGAGCUCAAGGACUUCCCCCCAGGGGCUGAGCCCAGCACAUCAGGGACCACAGAUGAGGAGCCUGAGGAGCUUCGGCCGCUGCCCGAGGAGGGCGAGGAGCGGAGGCGGCUGGGGACAGAGCCUGCCAUCCGGCCCCGGGGACGGGGCAUGCAGACACUGGCGGAGGAGGACCUGCGGCAGAUGCCACCCCAGCCCCCACCACCCCAGCUGAGCCAGGCCGAUGGCCGGUCAGAGACGUCGCAGCCCCCAGCGCCUGGCAGCCCUUCCCACUCGCCCCUGCAUUCGGGACCUCGCCCUCGACGGAGAGAGUCAGAUCCCACGGGCCCGCAGAGACAGGUGUUCUCGGUGGCGCCCCCAUUCGAGGUGAACGGGCUCUCUCGAGCUGUGCCUCUGAGCCUGCCCUACCAGGACUUCAAGAGAGAUCUCUCUGAUUGCCGGGAGCGCGCGCGGCUGCUGCACAGGGUCCGGAGGGUGGGCUUCUCGCACAUGCUGCUCGCCACCCCCCAGAGCCCACCGGCUCCUGUCCAGCCUCAGGCUAAUGGGAAGGAGGAAGAGGAGGAGGAGGAAGAGGAAGAGGAAGGGGAGGAGGAGGAGGAAGAAGAGGAGGAAGAAGAAGAGGAGGAGGAAGAGGAGGACGAAGAAGAGGAGGAAGAGGAAGAGGAGGAGGAGGAAGAGGAGGAAGCAGUGGCUUUGGGGGAGGUGCUGGGGGCACCCAGUGGCUCCAGCAGCGAAGGCAGCGACAGGAGCACCGACCAGAGCCAGGAGGGUGCCCCGUCCACGCUGCUGGCUGAUGAUCAGAAGGAGUCCAGGGGCCGGGCCUCUACGGCUGACGGCGACCUGGAGCCCGAGGAGGGUUCCAAAACGCUGGUGCUGGCCUCCCCUGGUGACAUGAAGAAGUCGCCUGUCACUGCCGAAUCGGCGCCUGAUCCCGACCUGGGCACCCUGGCUGCCCUCACUCCUCAGCACGAGCGGCCCCAGCCCACUGGCAGCCAGCUGGAUGUGUCAGAGCCUGGCACGCUGUCCUCUGUCCUCAAGUCCGAGGCCAAGCCCACUGGGCUCGGGGCAGGGCUGGGGGCUGGGGCAGUGACCACAGGAGCAGGAGGUAUGGCAGUCGCCUCCUCACCCUUCACCAAAGUCGAGAGGACCUUUGUGCACAUUGCUGAGAAGUCGCACCUCAACAUCAUGUCUUCCGGAGGACAAGCCUCCAGACCUGAGGAGUUGAGUCUGGAGGUGCCCUCGGAGGGGGGCGCCACGGAGGAGAGGGUCCGGGUGCCCCUGGAGAAUGGCGCAGCCCUGCUGGGGCUGGAUGGGGCCGGGGUGGAGAGCUGUGCCCUGGCCAGGCCCCGCGGGGAGACCCCCUCGGAGGUGGCCACAGACUCACUGCCCAGUGGCCCGGCCCUUGCUGAUGGGCCAGCCCCAGAAUCCCUGCUGGAGCCAGGCCCUGAGAAAGCAGUCACUGUCUCCCUGGGCCUCCAGCCCAGGCCAGGCCCUCGGCCCCGGAGCCGCAUCCCUGUGCUGUUGUCCGAGGAGGACACGGGCUCAGAGCCCUCGGGCUCGCUCUCAGCCAAAGAGCGCUGGAGCAAGAGGGCCCGGGCACAGCAGGACCUCGCACGACUGGUGAUGGAGAAGAGGCAGGGUCACCUGCUCCUGCGGCUGCCCUCGGGGCCCUCAUCAUCCUCCAGCGAGGAGCAGCGCCGGGCCUCGGAGACACUCUCCGGCACAGGCUCGGAGGAGGACACGCCGGCCUCUGAGCCCGCCAGGGCUGCCUUGCCGAGGAAGGUUGGGCGGGCAGCCAUGGCUCGCAGCCGGAUUCCCCGUCCCAUCAGCACCCUCGUGCCCACGCCCACCGCCACCCAGGAGCUUCCAGGAAGACCUCUCGGCACAGCGCCAGCACCUGACACCACCGUCACCAGCAGUAGGCUCCAGCUGCAGAAGCCCCGAGGGUCGGCCACUGUUGCUGACUCCUGCCCCAGGCAGCCCCCCGGGCGCAGUCCCUGCCCUGGGAGAACCCCAACCACCAGGCCCCCGGUGCCCCGAAGCCCUGGCCUCCCCGCCUCCACCGUGCGACACCCCACCGUGUCCCCCCGGAGCCAGUCCCUGUCUCGCAAAGAAAGCCUGUCCCCCUCGCACCAGGCCCGGCCUGGGGUGCCCCCAGCUCGGGGUGUCCUUCAGGCCCGAGCCCAGCCUGAUGGUGGCACCCCCUCCCUGGGAGGCCCUAAGAAAGGACCCAGAGGGAAACUCCAGACUCAGCGUGCAGCAACCAAAGGCCGGGCAGGGGUCUCGGAGGGCCGGACAGGGAGCAGAUAGUGACGCCUGAAGCUCUCUGCGGCCCCCACCCUCACCUGGCCCCCUACCCGCAGCCGGCCACCCUGGAACCGCGCCCAGCACAGCCUUAUGCGCCCCAUGCGCGCACCCGCCUGCAUCCACCAGGACCUUGUGGGAGGGGUCACCUGUCCUUCCUCUCUCUGCACCUCCCCAACCUGGUUCCUCUCCCCCCUGGAAGGCUCAGCCAGUUUUCUCCAGAACUCCACUUCUGGGGGUGCCCCACAUCCUGCAGGCCUCAGCCACUCUCUGCCCCCCAGGGCCCUCUGCUUACACCUCCUAUGGCACCUUGCCCUCCUUCCCACUCCCUUCCUGAUACCUCUAACCCCUUUUCAGAGAAACAGCCUCAAAUUCCAGCCCUCUCCAUGGUCUCCUGGGAGCCUUGGUACCCAGGCUUGAUCACUCAGCUGCCAGGCUGAGGUUGGGGAGGUGGGACCCCGGGGCCACCAGCCUACUCAGGUGUGAAGGGACAGCUCCCACCUGCCCCAAAGUCAGCUCCAUCCUGGUCACACUGGUGGGAGGUAGCAGGCAGGUGCUCCUAAAUUUGGGUGGGGACUCCAUGGUCACAGUGGGAGGAGUGUGGGCUGCCUUCCUGGGCAAGUGAUUCCCCAUGGGAGGGGCUUUAAAAAGGUUCCACUUUCUUCCUGGCCCCUGAUCCAGCACUCAGGACCCUGACGAUCAGGAAUUUUCCUGCUAUCUAACCUCAGUCCUGCCGGCCUGCUUUUGGCUAACUCCCCUCUCUCCUGGGUUCUGAGCAGGUAGAGAGAGGCUGGCUGUUAUCAAUUCUGGGCUGGCUUUGGAAAGUCCUGGACUCAGUUCUGGCAGGUCCUCCCAGCUGUGGGAGUGGAAGGAGGAGGAACAGCAGCCUACUGGCCCCUGGAGGCACAAAGGCCCUUUCAAAUUCCAGACAGUGUUUGUGUGAUGGGUCCCCACCCCAUGCCACCCCUUCUCCAGCACCCCUACAGCCUGACCCCCCCCAUUGCCCUGGGGACUUGGGGCCUCUUCCUGGGUCCCAGCUCCUGCAGAGCUCACCCUAUCUUAUCCUGAGCCUCGACUGCCGACGUCUGGGCCAAGCAGCAUGCUGGCUAAUGAAGGGACUGCCACCCCGGCCUGGCUCUUGUGUCCCUCCUGGAGCCACAGAGAGCAGGCCAGGGCUUCCAGGGGAAGAGGAAAAGAGGCCUCCGCAUGCCCCAGCCAUCUGGCCACAUCUGUCACCAACACCCAGAAAGAUGCCCUCAAGGAAGCCAGUCCAGGAGCAGCCUGGCAGUGCCCACCCAACUCCCUCAAGGGCUCAGCAGGCCUGGGCAGCUGCUUCCAUGCUUCUCUGCAGGGGGCAGCUUCUCUGCAGACCACCCCAUGGGAGAGCAGCAAGUGAACAGCCUUUGAGGUCCAUCCCACGUGGACACAGGAGCUCCCAGAACACUCAGGAAACCUCUUUGGACCCAGCCCUCCUGUCCACCAAGGCCCCAGGCCCCGUGCUGCCCUCUGGGCCCAGCAGAAGGGGAGCAGGGGCCAUGGCCUCCCACCCAGAGCUUCUCUGAAUGACAAUCAGCUCCAGCUUGCUUGUCCUCGGUGGGGCCCAGGGCCUAACCCCUGGGGCCCAGCCCUGGGCCUGCUCCUUGCCACCAACCGAACCGUGAAUGUAGGGCCCCAGCCUCCCCUCUGCCCAAGGACCAGCAACACCCUGCUUUGGAGUUGGGAAGAAGGGCUACACCCACUGUGGGCUGGCAGAGACGAGAAAUCAGUCUGGCCUGGGGUUUCCAGACCUCGAGGGGCUCCCAGCUGACCUCAGGCUUCUGAGUGUCAAAUGUCACCAGGUGAGGGGGACAGGGUAGAGGGCCAGCAGAGGGGCAGCUGGGGCCUGGGUCUGCUCCUCUCCCAAGAGGGACCCAGGGCAGAGAAAGCCACAUUUCUCAGCCCAUCCAGCUGCAGCCUCUUUCUCCUUGAGCCUCCAGGUCCUGAGUGCCCCCCGAGUGUCCCCAACCUCUGUCCCCCCACCUCCCCCAGCACUUGCCCGCCAUGACUGCCCAGUCAAGGGCUCAGACUCUGGGUGUGCUCAUCCCAGAACGUACCUCCCCUCCCCAGCCGCAUCACGUGCAAAUGGGGUGCCAGGCACAGGGCUCCCCUUCCCAGCUCCUCGCAGGGGCCUGGCUUGCUCAGUCUUCUCAGCUCCGGGGACCAGCCCCGUGGGCAUGGGGUGGGGGUACAGGGACUCGCCCUCCCCCUCCCCUUGGAAGCCACCGAAGAAUGUUUACAUGCCAAACAGAAUGUAACCCCCGUCCCUCCCAGUCACUGCAUGGCCUCUGCCCACCCCUUGCUGUCUCCCCCACUCCAGCACCCUGGAAGCCAAGCCGCUGUCAUGAUUAGAUCGAUCUUGGAAGGGAAGUAGCCAUCACACCAUUAAAAAGCCUGUGGACCUUUCUCUC